AUGUACCUGGCGUACGGGUGGCCGCAGUCGAUCCCGCUGGACCCGGGCGACUCGGACCGCGUGGUCCUCCUCCGCGUGCUCGGCCGCCUCCUCCUCGCCGUCUGCCCGGCCUCGCUCCACCUCUGGUCCGCCGCGCAGCACCGGGUCCGCCUAGCCCGCUCCGACCGCUCCCCGGAGUCCCUCGCCGCCCACGGUCACAACGCGCACGCCGUGUGGAGCCCCGACGCCAAGACCGUCGCCGUCCUGACCUCUUCCUUCUACCUCUACGUUUACAAGGUUCAGCACUCGGGGAAGCAACUGAUCGUCGGUGGCAAGCAGGUCCCCGGGCUUUGCCUGGCUAGUAUAUCCCUAAUCAUCACCGAGAAGGUUCCUCUCGCCAAUGGCGUUGCUAUAACGAGUAAUUUCGUGUGUGACAGCAAAAGCAUGCUCCUCGGACUAUCCAAUGGGCAUGUGCAGGUCGUGUCCUGGAACGCUGAGUUCUCAGACAGCUUCAAGCUUGGUUGCUCUGUGUGUUCGUCUGAGAAACCUACUGCUGUCGUAGAUGCGUUGGUGUUUGAUCCUCCCAGUUUGCGAGAAAACUCUAACGCAAGGCCUGCUCCUUGCUGCACAGGCAAUUCUUCUAUUGUCCAUGUUGAGCUGUCGGUGAAGCUAAGGUUGCUGGUUGCUUUGUACUCAGGCUGUCGCAUUGCCCUCUGUACUAUUGGUAAGAAGGGAUUAAGGCAGCCUGGCGGCAUCAGAGUGGAGAGAUGGUUGGACACUGAUGAUGCGAUGUGUACUUCUGUGGCUUCUGAGCAACAGAUUCUUGCUGUCGGGUGCAGUAGAGGUGUUGUUGAAUUGUAUGAUCUGGCAGAAAACACGCGGCAUAUACGAACCAUUUCGUUGUAUGAUUGGGGGUAUUCAGUGGAAGAUACCGGUCCUGUUGCCUGUAUAUCUUGGACGCCUGACAAUUGUGCUUUUGCAGUCGGGUGGAAAUUUAGGGGACUUACUGUAUGGUCUGUGUCUGGAUGUCGGUUAAUGUGUACUAUUCGUCAAACUGGUUCAAAUUCUGUCUCAUCUCCAAUGGUGAAACCUAGCGCUCUAAAAUUUGAGCCUCUUAUGGGAGGAACAUCACACAUUCAAUGGGAUGAUAAUGGAUAUAAGUUAUUUGCUGUCGAAGAAAGCUUGUCAGAAAGGGUUCUUGCUUUCUCAUUUGCCAAAUGUUGCCUAAACAGAGGGCUUUCAGGCACAACAUAUUCCCAUCAGGUUCUUUAUGGGGAAGAUCGAAUCCUUUUGGUGCAACCGGAUGAUGCUGAUGAACUGAAGAUAUUGCAUCUUAAUGUUCCAGUUUCAUACAUUUCCCAGAAUUGGCCAGUUCUACAUGUGGUGGCAAGCAAUGAUGGGAUGUACUUGGCAGUUGCUGGCUCUCACGGGCUAGUGCUAUAUGAUUUGCGAAAUAAAAGGUGGCGGUUUUUUGGUGAUGUUACACAAGAGCAAAAGAUCCAAUGCAAAGGCCUUUUGUGGCUGGGAAAAAUUGUUAUUGUGUGCAACUAUGUUGAAUCGUCAAACACGUACGAGCUUCUCUUUUUCCCAAGAUAUCAUCUUGAUUAUAGCUCUUUACUCUACCGGAAACCACUGCUUGGAAGGCCAAUUGUCAUGGAUGUUUUCCAGGAUUAUAUAUUAGUUACUUACAGUCCAUUUGAUGUGCAUAUCUUCCAUGUGAUGAUCUCGGGAGAAUUGUCACCUGCUAGCAAUCCAGUUUUACAGCUUUCAACAGUGCGAGAACUUUCAAUCAUGAGUCCAAAGAGCCCACCUGUUUCAAUGUGCUUCAUUCCUGAACAAAAUGACAAAGGAGUGCUGAAAGGAGAUACUAAUGGAUCCUCUGAUCUUUUGUCGCAGCAACCAUCAAGAUGUUUGAUCUUGCGGACCAAUGGGGAGCUUUCUGUGCUUGACAUGGAUGAUGGACAUGAACAUGCUCUCACAAAUUCAAUUGAACUCUUUUGGGUCACUUGUUCCCAAUUUGAAGAGAAGGGUAGUCUUAUCAAAGAGGUUUCAUGGCUUGACUAUGGUCAUCGGGGUAUGCAGGUGUGGUACCCAUCACAUGGAGCAGAUCCUUUUAAGCAAGAGGAUUUUUUGCAGUUGGAUCCGGAGCUUGAGUUUGAUCGUGAGGUGUAUCCUCUUGGUCUUCUUCCAAACGUUGGUGUGGUUGUUGGUGUUUCUCAGAGAAUGUCCUUCUCAACUGCGGAGUUUCCAUGCUUUGAGCCUUCACCUCAAGCCCAAACAAUAUUGCAUUGUUUAUUACGACAUCUCCUUCAGAGGAACAAGAUUGAAGAAGCUUUGCGCUUGGCAAAUUUGUCAGCAGAAAAGCCUCACUUCUCUCACUGUUUAGAGUGGCUUCUGUUUACAGUAUUUGAUGCAGAUAUAUCAAGGCCAAGUGCUUCAAAAAAUCAGGCUUCACAAAAAGUUGAUCCUCCCAAGAAAUCUCUUCUUGAGAAAACUUGUGACCUGCUACGGAAUUUUCCUGAAUAUAUGGAUGUUGUAGUCAGUGUUGCUAGGAAAACUGAUGGUCGACACUGGGCUGAUCUUUUCUCUGCAGCUGGACGAUCCACAGAGAUGUUUGAGGAAUGCUUCCAACAGAGGUGGUACAGGACUGCUGCUUGCUACAUACUGGUCAUUGCCAAGCUGGAGGGCCCUGCAGUCAGCCAGUAUUGUGCACUCCGUUUGCUACAAGCUACACUUGAUGAGUCUUUGUAUGAGCUUGCUGGGGAGUUGGUUCGCUUCUUGCUAAGAUCCGGAAGAGAUUUUGAGAAUGCCACUUCAGACUCCGAGAAGCUCUCUCCAAGAUUUCUAGGCUAUUUUCUGUUCCGUUCACCAUAUAAGCGGCAAUCUUCUGAUUUGAAAAGUAACUCAAUGAAAGAACUUAGUCCACAUAUUGCCUCUGUUAUGAACAUUCUAGAGCGCCAUGCUAGCUAUUUGAUGUCUGGCAAGGAGCUUUCUAAACUCGUGUCUUUUGUCAAGGGGACUCAGUUUGAUCUUGUGGAAUAUCUACAACGAGAAAGGCAAGGGUCUGCUCGUCUGGAGAAUUUUGCUUCUGCACUUGAACUGAUUGGACAAAAGCUCCAAAUGGAUACACUGCAAAGCCGACUUGAUGCAGAGUUCCUUCUAGCUCAUAUGUGUUCAGUCAAGUUUAAGGAAUGGAUCGUGGUGCUAGCUACUUUAUUGCGGCGUGCAGAGGUUUUGGUGGAUCUCUUUCGGCAUGAUUUGCGAUUGUGGAAAGCAUAUAGCAUUACUCUACAGUCACAUGAUGUAUUCAGAGAAUAUCUUGACCUUCUUAAUAUCUUGGAGGAGCAGCUUUCGUCUGUCUCUGAUCUUACAUUGCAAAAUGGACCAUUGUCAUGA